AUGUCUGCUUACAACCCAGAUGACUGGAGCUCUGACGCUGAGACAAGUUUUACGACACCCUGUUGCCAUUGGGCUCGGUACGUAUUGGAAAUAGCGGACGGUUGCUCCAUCUAUGUGCUGACCGCAGGCUGUUUUCAUGCAGUACUAACUUCCGAAGUAGCCCAAGUCGUCUGGCGACAGGUGUCCUCCAACUGCUUGCUGGAUACGAACCCAAAGUGGUCACAUCGUCGCAACUUCCCGACGGCGCAUAUAAAUAACUCACUACCGCUUUCCUUGGAACAUAUUUGUGGAUUCCCACCACGUGAUCAUCUGAAGCCGCUUCUCCCUUCGUUUGCAUUUCCCGCCAAACACCGCUGCCUUUCGCUGAACGAUACAAGGCGUAUGCCGUUUGAAACGAACACUCCGUAUUUGAACAACCCAAUGAGGGAGAUGUCUCAGGCUGAACUGGACACGCGCCGUCUAGCCUGGAUUAUUCUCUGGCUUCGGAAGUCAAACCUUUGGAAUCCGAGGGUGGGAUGGUAUGUGCAACACAAUACAAGCUGCUUCUUUUGGGUGACAUGGCAGCUAGGCACCGAGCUAUUGAAAAAUGAAGAGUCUGAAUGGCUUUAUUAUAAGGCUGUAAAAAUUCUCAGUCGUGCACCACAGGGUGGCAGUGGACUUAUCAUUAUCGACAAUGUGACGUCAGUCUUCGACUCCCAUAUUUCGCUGCCGCACAACCAUACUUUGUUUGAAAACCUUAUUGUGAAGAAAAUAAUCAGAGUGAUUGGCGAAGGGAUUUAG